ACGGGCGGGCGGACGGGCGGCCAUGGGGCGGCGGGAUGUCGGCGCUGGGGCUCAGCUGCUGCUCGCGGCCUCCGGGGACGAGCGAUUUCCGCCCGAGGGCAUCCUGGACGGAAACACCGAAACCUUCUGGAUGACGACAGGAAUGUUCCCCCAGGAGUUUGUCAUCAGUUUUCCCGAUCUCGUACAGAUUAACAACGUGAAAAUCCACUGUUUCAACGUGUGCGGACUCAGCAUAGAGACAAGCCUGGCCAAGGACCCCGUUGACUUUGAGCUGCUGUGUGAGAAGGAGCUUUUGCGGAGUGAAGAUCAACUUCAAGUCCAGGAGUUUGAACAGAGGGAGGCCAGCGCCAGGCACCUGCGCUUCGUCAUCCACUCGGGAUUCGACCACUUUGUAUCUGUGCACAAGGUGUCUGUGGAGGGCGAGGCAGCCAAUGAUUAAACCAUACCACAUGGGCUGGGCGAGGCUGUGAGUGUAAAUAGUUUACAGCAAUGUGUACAAAUAUUGUUCAGUGUGUGAAUAAAUCAGCUUUCGCUAACA